AUGAUCGUGUCAAGCCUACCAGGAAUCUACGCGUGUUCCCGAAGCAUUGGACCAUAUAAUCUGCCUUGCUAUCAUCCAGAAGGUAUUUCAGCCUUGGAUAGAUACACUGGACUCAGCUCCGGCAAGAAAGGCUUCUCGACAACGUCAUUAACAGUGAAGUCCACACGAAAUAUAGCUAUUCCAAUCUCCUUGUUCGAAUAUGUUGGAUUUCUGCCUGCUGCAGCAUUUCAGCGGCAAGGACAACAUGAUUUCAAUAUUGUUCUGCUGUUGGUUGGCAAUGUAACCUGCAAUGUUCCGACCCGCUUUGCCAGAGAAAGCAAUGCUUCUCGCAAAGCAUCACCCUCUCAAAUGCAUCUUCACAUAGGAUCGGUUGAACUAUUUAUUGCGAGUGUAAUAGCAAUUCAAAUCAUCUUUGUGGGAAUGCCUAAGGUACCAACAGCUGAUAAACGUAAGCCAGAAUUUUUUAUCCGGGUGUAUUCGGAUCCGAAGGUUGGACAAUGA